AUGACAAUUUCUUUUAAAACUAUAUUAAUUGCAUCGACUGCAUUAAUUAGUGUUGCAUCGGCUGAUUUUUCAUCAUUUAUUACACCAGUUACAAUGUCAAGAUAUAAUUUUAAAAGGGAAAAAGUUGAGACAGAAUUUAAUUUAGAUGAUAGCAAUUAUAAACAAUCAUUGAUUGUAUUAAGUUUUCCAGGUUUGUUAUUAGGUAUUUUUAUAAUGUUUUUGGGAGUUAUUGCAUUAUUCUUAAGGAAUUGUAUAACAUGUAGUGGAAAAAGAAAUAAAAAUGAAAUUCAAGAUGAAAAUGAAACCCCAGGUGGAGAUGAUGAUAAUGGUUCAAUUAUAUCGGAAUAUCAACCAUCAAGAGAUAAUCCAACAUCAAUUCUAUUGAAAAUUGUUAAAUUCUUUGUAUUUCUUAUUAUUAUAACUACAGUUGUUGGUGCAAUAUUAGGAUUAGCAUCAAAUUCAAAAGCGGGUAAAGAUUUGGAUAAUUUCUUUAAGAAUAUGAAUAUUAUGGCAAAUAAUGCUAGAAAAACAUCAAAUAAUUUAGUGCAUGUAUUUGCAGGUAAAACCGAUAUCACCAAAACCGUCCUUUCCAAUUUGUUACCAUUAACCACUGAAAUGAAUAAUAUGACUCAAACUACACAUCGUAUUCUAGUUGAAGAAACAAAUUUAAAUAAUUUACGUGAAUCAAUUACAAUCAUGGGUUAUAUUAUUGCAAUUAUUACAUGUGCAUGGGGUAUUUUUGGUGUUGCAAAUGGAAAAUCCUGGUCAUUCAUGUUUUUAUCUUAUUUAUCAUUGUUAACAAUUUCAAUAAUUCUAUUAGCAAUGGGUAUGCAUAUUCCAUUAUCAGCAGCCUCAUCAGAUUUCUGUAAUUCAUUAGAUCAAUAUGUUGAUAAAGAUAUAAAACCAACUUGGAUGACAAACUGGAUCAAUUGUGAUGUUGAUGUUUCUAUCUCUGAUGCUGUUGAAUUUAGUGAAGGUGAAAUUAGUAAAUUAUUGAAAAUGAUUAACCUUUUCUCUUCUGCAUAUACAAAUAAAACCUAUACAAAAUCAAAUCUUUUAACUUUGAAAUUGGAUGAACUUAGAGCUGUAAUUCCAAUUGAUCAAGUAGCUUUAUUCGAUUCUAAAUUUGAUGGUAAAACUAUUCCAGCAAUUCUCUCUGUUCCAAGAUUAAAAAAUAUGGCAAAAUGUCAAUUCGUUAAAGAUUAUUUAAAUUAUACUAGAAAUAAUUAUUGUGAUGAACUUAUUGAAAGUGUUAAUCGUAUGGUUAUCUCUGAAAUUAUUAUUGCUGUAAUUUGGAUUCCAGGUUUUAUUUUUGCUGUUAUUUAUUCAAAAGAUAAAAGAAAUAAAUAUAAUAAUAAUAAUAAUAAUAAUAGUGAUAAUAAUGAUAGUAAUGAUAGUAAUAAUAAUAGUAAUUAUAAUGAUAGCAAUAAUGAUGAUGAUUCACACAGAUCAUCUUAA